CGGCGCGCGAGAGCCGCGGCUGCAGUUUGACAGCGGCGGAGGAGCGCGACGGGUCUCGGCGGAGGCUAUGCGCGUCUAGAACCGAUAUAAACGCUCUCUCGCCGCGCCGCUCGCCGCUGACAGCACCGCCAUCGGCUCCCUGACGCCUCGACGCGCGAUGUUUGGCGAGCGCUGGCUGCUGCGCUUGAAGGCCGAUGUGUGAUUGGUGCUCAGCCGCCGUCCGGCAGCAUGGUAGACAUGGAGAAGCACUACAGCCCCCCGUCGCCGCUGGACGACUCCGUGCUGGACAGUCCUCUGUGUCAGGACUUCAUCGGGGGAAUGGAGGACCUUCAGGACAUCUCUCAGUCCAUCGAUGAGGACGCUCUCAGCAGCUUGGAGAUGACCGAGAACCAGUCGUCGGGCCUGGGCUCCGGCUCGGAGAGCUCCACUGCGUUAGAUGUGCUGACCCCAGCGUCCAGCCCCUCGUCAGGCGUGUACGGUGGCCCGGCGGGUCAGGACGAGUUCGCCUGCACCUCUCUGAACCUGGAGUGCCGCGUGUGUUCGGACCGAGCCUCAGGAUACCACUACGGGGUUCAUGCGUGCGAGGGCUGCAAGGGCUUCUUCCGCCGGACCAUCCGCCUCAAGCUGCAGUACGAUAAAUGCGAACGCCGCUGCAAGAUCCAAAAGAAGAACCGAAACAAGUGCCAAUACUGUCGCUUUCAGAAGUGCCUGUCCGUGGGCAUGUCCCACAACGCCAUCCGCUUUGGGCGAAUGCCACAGUCGGAGAAGCUGAGGUUGAAGGCAGAGAUCCUAACGGGAGAACGAGAGGUCGAGGACCCGCAGCUGGCCGACCAGAAAACCCUGGCCAAGCAGAUCUACGAGGCCUACCUGAAGAACUUCAACAUGAACAAAGCCAAAGCACGGACCAUCCUGACGGGCAAGACGAACACGCCGCCUUUCGUCAUCCACGACAUGGAGACCCUGCAGCUGGCCGAACAGACUCUUGUGGCCAAGAUGGUGGGCUCUUCUGGGGCUCUGCUGAAUAAAGACCCCGAGGUUCGAAUAUUCCACUGCUGCCAGUGCGCCUCGGUGGAGACGGUGACCGAACUGACUGAAUUCGCCAAGUCCGUGCCGGGCUUCUCAAACCUGGACUUAAACGAUCAGGUGACGUUAUUGAAGUACGGCGUCCACGAGGCGCUCUUCGCCCUGUUGGCGUCGUGCAUGAAUAAAGACGGUCUGCUGGUGGCGUACGGCAGCGGCUUCAUCACCAGAGAGUUCCUGAAGAGCUUGCGGCGGCCGUUCAGCGAAAUGAUGGAGCCCAAGUUUCAGUUCGCCAUGAAGUUUAACUCCCUCGAACUGGACGACAGCGACCUCGCGCUGUUUGUCGCCGCCAUCAUCUGCUGCGGAGAUCGGCCCGGUCUGGUGAACGUCCCGCACAUCGAGCGAAUGCAGGAGGGCAUCGUAAACGUGCUUCACCUGCACCUCAAGGGCAACCAUCCCGACAACGGCUUCCUCUUCCCUAAACUCCUGCAGAAACUGGUGGACCUGCGGCAGCUGGUGACGGAGCACGCUCAGCUAGUGCAGGAGAUCAAAAAGACAGAAGACACUUCGCUGCAUCCCUUACUGCAGGAGAUUUACAGAGACAUGUACUGAGGCCUUCUGCUUGAUUUCGAGAAGACCACGCGCUCGGAGACGACCGUUUCUUUCGGGGGGCCCCUCCACAGCUACACUGUGAUCUGUUUUUAAGGGGCGUUAUGUGAACCGCUGUUUUUGGGAUGAAAACGCCCCCCUUGGAACAUCAGGGCUCUUUGUUACCGUCAAGUUAAACAAUGCGGUUUAAAGAGGAACGAAACGAGACGCUGCCAAUUAAAAUGCAUCCUGCGGGUUUAUGCUAACUGGUCCUUCGGGCCAGAAACUGUGAAUAGAAAGCGUGAAAUGCAACCGAUUCAUACAGCAAUAUGUGGUUUUUUGUUUUUUUUUUGCAUUGACGCGGUAACUUUUGAUAGCGCCGUGUACGUUUUCACCCAAGUGACUUCCACGUAGACCUGCCGUAACUCGUGAAACCGACCGAUUCGUAAAGCUGCAGGGAUUUUUGCUUCGUGGUUUUGAUUUUUUUUUUUUUUAAACCUGGCGAAUUCUUGAUCGGCUGUAACGUUUUCGACAUCCGUGAAAGUUUAGCGUUUUCUGUUUCCACAUUUGCAACUGUUUGUAGUUUUAUCGGCUCUUUCCCAAUAUCGCGCUCUCUGUGGGAUCCCAUCCACCGCCGAAUUUUUUUUAAAAAGUCGAAAUUGCGCGACGUAAACCCCGCGUAGUAACGUGUGACUAUAUUUUGGAGCUCUGACUUUAUAACCCGCAGUUGCGAGUGUACGCCUCAUCAUUCUGAGGAAAAAAUGUCGGAAUGGUGAGCUAAAAAAUUCGCGAUGACCUUAAUUGAUUUUUCUGUUCUAUAGGCCCGAGUUAUAAAAUGCAGUGCUCCAACACAAAGCAGAUCAGUACCUCACGAGCGACGCCUUCUGAGGUCGUGCAGUUUUACAGUAAUCUACUGUUUAAAGGGCUAAAGGAGCCAAGUGAGGCCCGUGACGCACCGCACGAAAAACACUGAAAAUGCACCGCUGCGAUGCUGGCUUUUUCGAAGCAACUUUCGACAUUCGAGCGAACCAUACUCUGUUGGGCUCGAUGCAAGUUGAACGAGGCUCGAGCGUCGCUCUGCGUAGAGUUCACGUUCUUCCUCGUGUAAACUGGCUUUGACGACAAAACCGUAGCCAUAGCAUUCAGCCCCGACGCGAAGACCUUCCCGUCCGAAGGAUAAGUCCCACGCCGCUCGUCCGUCCCUCCAGCAGUCUCUCGACGUCUUCUGAGAACCGCAGUGCCUCGUCUCGACAUCACCGCGAAAAACGUCAUCGUUUUUUUUACAUCCCUUUAUGAAUCAGGAACGGAAGCUAAUUAAAAUACGCCGUACUUGCUUUCGUUAAGAUAGUAGUUGUGCGAGGCGCCGUUCGCGGUAUUAAUGCACUUGCGCGUUACACCGUGAUGCGUUUCCGUUACGUUUCUACGCGCUGGUCAGGCUUUGUUUGACGCUCGCAUGUUGAUGUCGUUUUUUUACGGCGACUCUUUCGCGAGAUUGCGCUCAUGUUAAAACAAUGUUUGGAGACCUUUGGGGGUUUCCCGCCUCAUUCUGCUGCGCAUUUUUAGAUUAGGUUGUGUAACGUUAAUUUUGAGGUAAAGUAAAGUGUCGUUCUGAAAUUGAACUAAAAUAGAAAUAACAUGGGGCCCCUAAAGGGACAUGGCAGUGCUAAACAACGUGGCAUAGAUCUGUUUGUAAAAUUACCAACUAUUAAUUGAUAAGCCGAGAAAUGUUGAGUUUGAGUUGCGUUCAUUUUGAUCGUUCGCAGAAAUAUUUAAUUCCAACAUAAAAAACUAUUGCAUUGCUCGCAAAAAUAACCCAACAACUUUGCAAUUGCACACAAAAACCACUUGAGUAUGCUUGCUGAAGUGUUUUUUCUUUUGCCAAAAACAUUGCAAAGGGAAAUGCACACGUUUAAUGAGAGCGUAUAUGUUUUACGAGCAAAACGAGGACAUUUUAGGGUACUUUUGCAACAGAACGCAAACUUUAAUUUGACCAACGCAGAGUUUCCCUCUUUUUUUCACCUCUUUUUUUUUUUUUUUUUUAGCGAAAACCACAAUGUUUUGUGAGCAAACGCGAAGUUUCUUCGGGGAACGCAGCACUUUCGGCAGAGAACGUAAAUGUUUCUCGGUUGAACGCGAAAUCUCUUUGAAGCAACGCAAUACUUUUGCGAAUGAACGCUAACGAGUUUCGCGCGCGAACGUGAAUGUUUUUUUGUUUGUUUGUUUUUCAAGUUCUUUGGCGAAAGCGCGAACGUUUAGCGAAUGUCCGCAAGGUUUUCGUCGCUGACGCGAUACUUU